AUGGCCAGUCCACGAACGCGACGUAUCAUUCGAGACAUUCGAGCUGUUCCUGGAAAUAAUGUCUGCUUUGAAUGUGGCGCUAGUAAUCCUCAGUGGGCGAGUGUGACUUAUGGAAUUUGGCUUUGUCUGGAUUGUUCUGGUUUACAUCGUGGUUUGGGUGUACACGUUAGUUUUGUACGAUCUACGACAAUGGAUAAGUGGAAGGAUAGUGAGCUCAGUAAAAUGAAAGUUGGAGGCAACGCAAAAGCAAUAGAAUUUUUAAAAAGUCAGUCAGAUUACCGAUCAAACUGGUCCCUUCAAGAAAGAUAUAAUUCGAGAGCUGCUGCUCUUCUAAAAGAUAAGGUGUUAACAGAAUCCGAACACCGUGAAUGGUCAGCCGAAACAUCGCCAGCAAGAAAUUAUACGCCAAACACGUCAUUAAAUUCAUCAUUACAUUCACAAAUUGGUGGAAACAGCAAUUCGAAUAGUGUAUCUGCUUAUUAUGGAGGCAACACUACUCAGAUUGGAAGCGAUUCAUACCAUUCUGAUUAUGAUAACUCUGGCAGUCGUUAUCAGGGUUUCGGCAAUGUUCAAGUAAACAAUGGUGAUCCAUCCAGUGAAUUGCUGUCUGGUGCUUUAUCAUCUCUUUCUGUGGGUUGGAAUAUACUAAGUAAAGGGGCAACAACUGCUGCGUUAUAUGCCAAGGAUAUCAGCUCACAAGCAACAUCAAAAGCUACGGAACUCAGUGAAAGCAUCCGAGAAGGGACAUUGUUGAAUAAACCAACUUUGGGAAGUUUAGCGCAGAAAGCUACCGAAAUAGGGUCCAAAUCAUGGACAGGAAUAUCAAAUUUUAUAAAAAGUCCGUCUCUACAAGGUUUUAUUGCGCCGGGAAAAAGUGAUUAUGAAGACUUAGCUACACCGGACGACCAAGACAAUAGAUUAUUUGAGCAACAAGUGAGCAAUUAUCAGAUAUGCAGAGAUUUAAUGAGCACAUCUAUAGGCAGUUCGAUUCAACUGAAUUCGGCAGCAAAUCCAAAGCAGUUUAGCAACGAGACAUUAGCAAAAGCAAAGAGAGAGCAGACACCUCCAUUGAUCGAUUUUUCUUUGGACGACAGUAAAAUAGCUUGCGUAGAAGAAACUAUGAUAACUAAAACUACUAUAAAUAACAAGAAAUCAACAUCCAACAAAGAUUGGGAUGAUGAUGCGUGGGAACUGUUGAAUCAAUGA